AUGGGCGCGGAGGGCCGCAUGGCGGUGGAGGAGGCCAAGACGCAGGUGGUCGCCCAGCUGCAGCUGAACGCCAGGACGUUCGCAGGCCAGCUGAAGGAGCACCUCAUCGCGGCCAGGAAGCAGGCGGAGACGGAGCGUACGCAGAUCAGCCAUGCGUUCAAGAAAAAGAAAGGCCAGAGCACUGGAUCGACCGCGGACGUCGAGCUUGGAGACCACGCAGACAUCCUGGACGCCAUCGUGACAAACGUCCGACUCGAGCCGCGGACGCAGCGCGCGAGAAGUCAGAGCGGCUACGCACUCACGCAGCGGAAGGGCGGCCGCGAGCGGGUGCUGGGCUGCAUGCUCCUCCGCGCCAGCCGCCGCGGCUCCGCCAGCGAGUCCGGCAGCAGCGGCUCCGCGCAGAGCGGCUCGCGGCGGAGGUCCUGGAGCCAGCGGAGCGCGGCCCGCAGGGGCACACUGGCGGACCCUGGGCCGAGGCAGAGGGUCGGAGCCCCGGAGGAGCCGAGGGACCUGGAGCCGAGGCAGAGGGUCGGAGCCCCGGAGGAGCCGCGGGACCUGGAGCCCAGGCAGUGGGCUGUGGACCUGGAGGUCGCGAGGGACGCGGAGCCGCAGGUGCAGGUCUGACCCCGCGCCGCAGCUCCCCGGUGCCGAGCACAAUUCUGGGCCUCCAACAAUACAACUGUUGUCGAUCUCAAGCCUUUGACUUGGGAUCCGAGCACGCGCCGUUUGGCCGCACGCGAGGCCGCUCGGGACGACGUCGUCGACAGCGACGCCGUCUCGAGGGCUUAGCCGGGCGCCGCUUCUGGCGCCCACGGCGCUGGCGUCCGGCCGCGCUCACCGUUGGCGUACGACGUCGUCGUGGUCGGCGCUGCGGCUGGAUCCGCUGCGAUGAACGGGCGAGGAUGGGCUGGGC